UUUCCAGACAGACAACACCGUGAUUUCCACUGGAGGGGAUGCCAUGGAUCGCUUGGUUGCUAUCAGAAACUCAGAGUUCCAGGAUUAUCCGGAAUCCGAGCAAGAUGAGGACUCGGACACGGAUAACUUUCCUGCAUUGGUUAGAUCCAUGUCCACAUCACGUAGACACAGCUGGGAAGUGCCAGUGUCACCGAUUGACCUGGGAAGAAGGUUCAGUCUAGACACUAAUGGCAUUGACAGUGAUGGGGAAAGAGAGGUCCACUGUUUGGCCAAAAGUCCCCUUCUACCAUCUUCCUCCUUCUCCGAAAGCUCAGUGGAAGAAACGACAGGUGUUGUGGAAAGUGAAAGCCCCAAAAAAACAAAGCCACCUACACCAGCAAAGACAGUAUAUUCCAGAUCUGAGAUUCUCGCGACUGAUGAAAAAUCCCAAGCUGACAGAGUCUCCCGCAUACUGGAGACUUCUAAGCAGGCUGCCAGAGAGGCUGGAGAAGAGCAGGAGUCGGAAGAGGGGCUGCAGUCAGUAGAAGGACGGAGUCAUGUAGCUAAACACAGAACUUCAAGCACAGAAAGAAAGGAGGUGACAGGGAAUUUCACGUGGUAUGAGUUUCUUACCAUUGAAAAUGACGGAGAAGAGGAGGAAAGACCUGAGCGUCUGGAAAAAGGUACCAAAGUCAAGCGGACUCUGAGCUCACUGAGGAACCGCAUGACCGGAUCCUUCAACAAAGACAAAGGUAAGACUCGAGAGAGAGAGCAGCAGAAAGAGAAAAGCAGAGAGAGAGACAAGGACAAAGAGAAAGAGUUGCGUGAGCGUGUGAAAGUGCGGCGCCGCAGCGUGAGCGGCCACCAGCUCGUGCCUGGCUCAUUCUCCACCUGGGCGACAUGUUCACUGUGCAGCAAGACCCUGCAGAGGAAGCAUGGCCUGCAGUGCUUGAACUGCGCCGUCAACGUCCACAAGAGCUGCAAGAACCUGCUGCCCGAGUGCAACAGCAAAAACAAGAAGACGUCAAAUGCCGCAGCUCAGUCGCAUAGUCAAGCUCUGAGGGACCCCUGCUCUGCCCUGACUCCCGUCGAUGGCUCGUCAAGGACAUCUCGCUGUGCUUCAGGUAUGACCGUUCCACCCAAAGGACACAACACCCAACCAGCCGCCUCCAGCAACCCUACAGUCAGCCACAACAACAGCAGCAGCUCUAUCACAGGAGAGAUGGAUGAAGUUGACGCAUUCAGGAUGAAGCGCCCCGCUGACGACACUGUAUCUCUCGCCUCCACGAUGCCCGAGUCUCUCAUCGUUGAAGAUGCGUAUUACACCACUGUACGAGGGGAACUGGAAGCCAUCACACAAGAUUUCGAGGUGGAGUCCUGGAAUCUGGCUGUGGAUCAGCACUUCUUAAAGAAACAUUCGAAGGAAAUGAUCAAGAGACAGGAUGUUAUAUAUGAGCUCAUCCAGACGGAGAUACACCACGUGCGGACGCUCAAGAUCAUGCUCCGCGUUUACGCUCGAGACCUGCGGGAGGCACUACAGCUGGACGACAGGAGGCUGGACUGUCUGUUUCCCCGGCUGGACAGCCUGCUGGAGCUGCACAGCCACUUCCUGUCCCGCCUCCGGGAGCGUCGCGCAGAGUCCCUGCAGCCUGGCAGCGAAUGCAACUAUGUCAUCCAUAAACUCUCAGAUAUCCUUAUAUCCCAGUUUUCCGGAGAGCUUGGAGAGCGAAUGAAGGAAAGUUAUGGGGAUUUCUGCAGUCGGCACACUGAAGCAGUCAACUACUACAAAGAGCAGCUGCAGAGCCACAAGAAGUUCCAGAACCUCAUGAGAAAAAUCAGUAAUCUGUCAAUAGUGCGGCGGUUAGGCGUUCCAGAGUGUAUCUUGCUGGUGACACAGCGAAUCACCAAGUAUCCUGUUCUUCUGGAGCGCAUCCUGCACAACACAGAAGCCGGGACAGAGGAACAUGAAGGAUUAGCACAGGCUCUCAGUCUAAUCAAAGAUGCCAUCGUUCAGGUGGACGCCCAGGUCAGUCUCUAUGAGAAGGAAGCGCGGCUCAGGGAUAUCGUCUCCAAGAUGGAGCCCAAGUCGCUGGGGAAAAUCAAAGAUGGACGUGUUUUCCGGAAGGAGGACCUUUCUCAGGGCCGCCGCAAGCUCUUGUACGAGGGCAUGGUCAACUGGAAAGCUGCAUCUGGUCGACUCAAAGAUAUUCUAGCUCUACUUCUUACUGAUGUUCUCAUCUUGUUGCAAGAAAAGGACCAGAGAUUUGUGUUCUCGACUGUGGACAACAAGCCUUCCGUUAUUUCACUGCAGAAGUUGAUUGUGCGUGAGGUGGCACACGAGGAGCGGGCCAUGUUCCUCAUCUGCGCCUCAUCUAACGAACCUGAGAUGUACGAAAUCCACACGAGCUCAAAAGAAGACCGCAACACGUGGAUCACCCACAUUCGUCAGGCCGUGGAGAGCUGUCCACAUAUCGAAGAGAGAUUGUUUAGUGAGGAAGAAGAAGCCAGAGUCGCCCGGUUCCGAGAGUUUCAAGAUCGCCUGACGUUGAAGGAUGCUCAGAUCGUCCAGAGCCUCACGGAGAAGCUGCAGUUGUUUGCAGAGCUGGCUGAAUCUGUGGCCGGUCUAGAGGACGCCAGCUCUUGCUCCCGCCUGCUGCUGCGGGGCGACGCCUCGGACCUCCAGCAGGGGGCGCAGCUGCUUAAAGGAGCCAUUACUGAAGCAGAGAAUCUGCAGAACCUCCUUGCAUCUGGAGCUCGGGAAGCAUCUCCACAGACUGAGGGGAACCAGAGUCCGUCCUUGAGUUUGCUGCCACGCAGAGCAGACACCUUUAGCGGCUACGAUAGCAUUCCUAGCAAACUGCCUACAAAUGGCAGUAUUAAGAAGAAGGUUCCCGGAGCAGCCGGCAGGUCCAGGGACAGGAGUCAACGGGCCAGCUCUGAUCCGCAGCUCAAAGAGGUGUACACAUGUCAGGACCGGGAUGAGCUGGAUGAGGCCUUCUCAUCCGGCUUGCACAAAAUGUGGUCCACCUGUAAGUUUCCAGAAUCAGAGUUCUAUGAGCGAGUGCUGCUGCUGUCCCAGAGGCUGUACAGUUUACAGGCCAUAAUCUCUCAGCAGGACAGCCACAUUGAGCUCCAGCGGGCCUCUCUCCUCACCGCCGAGCGGGAACGUCCCGGCAGCCGGAACCGCGGCACAGAUGUGCUCCUGGAGCAGGAGAAGCAGCGCAACUUGGAGAAGCACCGCGAGGAGCUCGCCAACUUCCAGAGGCUGCAGAGCCAGCAUCGGCAGGAGCAGGCGCGCUGGGAACGGGAGCGGGAGAAGCAGCGGCGGCAGGCGGAGGCGGCUGAGCAGCGGCUGAAGGAGCGGGAGGAGGAGUGUCGGCGACUGGAGCUGCGUUUGGUCGAGGAGAGGCAGGAACUCGAGAGGCAAAGGCAGACGUACCAGCAAGACCUGGAGAGGCUGAGAGAGUCCACACGUGCUGUUGAGAAAGAGAAAGAGCGGUUAGAGCAACAGAGGAAGUUGAAGAAGCACAACACUGUGCCAAAUACAGCAGCACUGUACGCACAGGAAGUUGGACAGCUUUCCAGUUCCUCCAGCUUCAACGGUGAGCUGCCGCUCGGUGGAGCAGGGGAUCAGACGCUUCCUCAAAAGUCACACCUGUGGGCCUCUCUCUCAGUGUCCCCCGCCGACUACCUGGAGCGUCCCGAAGUCCACUCGCGCCGCGAGAGCUCCUGCAGCACCCUGCUGGCCAAGACGGAGGUUCCCAUCCAUCUCAUCAGCACCACCAACCAGCUACACAAGCAGGGCAGCGUCCAGCAGCAGAUACCGACCAAACUCGCUGCCCUCAGCAAGGGCAAGGAGAAGAGCGGGAAAGCCAAGAGUUCGCACCGCACCGACAGUUCUGCUUCUGGUGACAUGAAGCAGAUGCUGCCCAUCAAGCUGUCAUCAAGGGAUUCGGACGGAGGUCACAAAGCACGCCGGCCCAUCAGCCCCCACCAACCUCAACAUUCGCACUCAGAUUCCCUCAACCCUCCAGAUGCUCAUACGGAUGCCCAGUCUAGCCUCGCGCCCGCUGUUCUCAAAACCCAUAACCAGACCUCCCAGACCACCCUCCCGUACACUGUUAGCGGCCAAGCUGCCAAGGAGGAUGUUAUCUAUUUCUGAGGCAUCUGAUGGGGUGCAAAGACAUUGCGUUGGCGUUUCGGAUGAUAUUUUACUAAAGGAACAUAUUUUAAUCUUCCUAGUCUUCGCAACUAACACGUUUUAUUGAAGCCUGUAAAUUACAACAAAGAAAAAUGUGUUUUAGUUUGUAUGAGAAAUAUCAAAAAAGGCUCACUGUUUGUUCAGAAAACCCAAAGACUUUGACGGACAGCUUCACGUGAAGGACAGUUCUGUAGCAUGCGCUCCAAAUGGACCAUAUGAAGGGCAAAUGGAUGUUGCUUAUUGUUGUGGUGAGCAAUUUUGCACAGCGUCAACGUCCCAUUUAAUUUCAAACACAGUAUUUGGGAUGACUGUUUUCUGUUGGAUUUGUUCAGUUUCAUUUGCGGUCACUCUGGAACAUUAUUGCUUAUGGAAAAUGACAUGUUGACAUUUUGAAAUUUUAGUCAGUUUGUUCACACUGGUUUAUUCAGUCAUUUUUGACUGUACACUGUAUAAACUUGGCUGGAUUUCAACUUUCAACCAAAAAGAUUAUUUGAUUUCAGAAAAGCCAACUCCAUUUAAGUGGUCAUUUCAUUCAAGUGGUGCAUCUUUUUAGAGAUUUCCUCCAGAUGUUCACAAAAAAAGCAGUGGAUGUGAAGAGAAUUCAAGAUUUUAUUAACCAAUAUUCUGUUUUUAAUUUAUAUGUUAAUAGAUCUUUCAAAUGGAGAGAACAGUUAUCUCGGUAUUUUGAGAUUACUCAAAAAUCAAAUGAAGGAUACAAAUGUUUUAGACAGUAAAUGUUUUCCAUGUUUUCUACUUUCCAAAUGAUCAAAAAGUCAAUUUAGGACUUGAUUUGACUGAAAUACACCUGAAACUCAUGACAACUCUCAAUGACCAGCUCAUUAAUUACCCUGAAAAAUCAAAAG